AAGAGACUUCGAAUGGCAAAAGUUUAACACAGCCUCCGCCCCCAACAAAAUAAAUAAAUAUAACAAAUCAUUUAUUGAGCUUGUGCUGAAAAUAGCAAAUUGGGUCAAACCGAAAGGCAGGAGGGCCUUGGUCUUCGAACUUUCUGCGAAUGCAGUUUCCCCAGACAGAACCAAGCCCAUGACAAAUAAUUUGUCUGGGGAAAAUAGUCUCAAACAUUACAAAUCAGAUGACUUGACCUGAUUGAGAAUUUCUCCAUCAAAAGUAACAGCGCUGAAUACGUUUUUUUUCCAAGUCUCAUACUCCUGAAAUUUUCUUCCUUGCCUGCGGAAAGAAAUGCACGAGGCGACCCCAUGGAGUGAUACAAUUUAUUCAAUUAUUUUAUUGCGAGUAUGUUAUUUUCACCAAUUUAAAUCUCUAAACAAAAGAACAUGUGAACUGUGAAUUAAAAUCUACAAAGAAAACACAAGAAAUAUUGUGUCGCAAUGGCAAGAAGGCGGCAAACUAUUUUCUGGACAUAAAAUAUUAAUAAAAUGCAUUUCCAGGUUCUAGAAAAUCUUGCAGAUAGAGGAAGUGACGGUCUUAGGCAGCUCCAGCGAGGAAGACGCAUGAAAUUCCAGCUCCACCUCCUCCCGAGGAAUUAAAUUAUCGAGCCGCCGGUGCAAAUUUAUUUGGGUGUUUAGUUUGAGGGACGCGUCUUUGAUCGCUGCACUGAUUACAUGCUGCCUGGUUAUUUGUCUUUAUAAUUUUGUGGAGAAGUGAGUUGCCCAGAGGUUGCGAAAGGCACUGACUCACAAAUUAUUUCAGUUUAGGAAGGAAACAGUGAAGAUUGACGGUAGUCGCAAGUGAACUGCAGUUUGAUGAAUACAUGAGUAGGUGAUUGAAGCCGCUGCGGGAUUAUCAUCCGAAUUUACACCUGCAUUUAAAAUCUUUUGUUGGGGGCGGAGGCUGUGUUAUUAGUGUUUCCUUUCGUGGUGCACAGAUCUACAAGAUGGGCUUGAAAAUCUUGCUUUUUGUGCCUAACAUUAUUGGUUAUAUAAGGAUAUUCCUACUGCUGGUUUGCUGGUGGACUUUCAAUUAUCCUGCAGUGUUUUUUUCCUGUUACGUGAUUUUUAUUAUUCUUGAUGGGCUUGAUGGAUAUGCAGCUCGGCAGUUAAAUCAGGUUUCUGAAUUUGGAGCUUGGUUUGAUGUUGCUAUUGACAACUUUGGGCGUACAAUGUUAUGGUGCUUGCUCUUUAAGUGGGGACAUUUUAUAAGUAGCUUAGAGUGGUGUGUUUUUGUAUGUACACACAAUUCCAUGGGAGCAGACUGGAAGAACAAGUUUGGCGAAGGUCCUUGGUGGGUUCGGAAAACGAUGGCAAAUGGUUUUAAAACUCCUGUAGGAGUAUUCGCUAUCUUUGGAUUACACGUACUUCCAAUUUGGCUGUAUGGUUACUAUAAUCAAAUUCUAUCAUCAAUAUUUUUGAUGCCUCUUACAAUGCAAUGGCUUAUUAUUGCAUUUCUUGUUGCUGGAAGACUUCUAUGUAUGGCAGUGGAGUUCUGGUGUAUAUGUAUUCACAUUCUGUACCUCGUACGAAAUGAAAAGCAAACCAAAGUAAUGGACUGAUUGUAAAGAUACCUAAAGCAAUAUUUCCAGGUUCAGGUAAUUGAUUCCUGCAACAUAAUUAAAGUUCCACUACGAGUUGAUUGUGGAACAUUUUUGCAAUUUAGUGCACCUGGAGAGGAUUUCUCCUUUUGUGCAGGAUUUAUGGGGAAAGGAGAAGUAAAAGCACAUGGAACUUUUUCCUAUUUUUCUUGAAUCUAUGACAAUCACAGU